AUGUUGGACAACGAGCGUCUCUACGUGGAUCUCCUCUUCCGUGCGUCAAAGAAAUAUGCCAAUUGGGACCCCGAGGUCGUAGUCGAGGUGGGAGACUGGGGAAGGAUUACCAAGGGACGACCGGGACUCGCAUUCUGGCGCCGGAAAAGGGGUACGUUUCUCAAGGAGGGAAAUAUCUACAAAGACGGGAAAGCGGAGAAAUAUGGCAUUCCUCCUCCACAAGAACAUGGUGGCGACGCUUCUGAGGGCGAAACUUGGAUUUCCUCUCAAAACGCGCAUCAGAUUGACGUAUCUGUGACCGGCGUAGGCCAAACCCCUGUACUCGCGCAGUGCAGCGUCAAAUCUGCUUUUAAAUUCUCGUCUGGUCGCGGAGCUGUCCUAGUUAUGCAGAAGGACACUAUUUUCACUCUCGACCCUCCCGGGAGCCUUAGGCAACUCCUUGAGGACGAGAGUAUGCGCGGCCUUGUCGUUGUGUCCGAAGUACAUCGCUGCUCGUCGUAUGCCCGGUUGCUCACUGCUGGAGCGAACGAAAGCGUUGCCAUUGGUCUUAGCGUCUCUUCGCCCAUUUCCACAGCUGCAUCGGCUGAUGCUGAGGUCAAAUGGAUUCGGAACACCAACACCGGGAACUUCAAGUCGCGCAUCAACAAGAGUGGCGAACGCCAAUAUUAUCCGUUGUUCAGGCUUGUCUCGAUCAAGGAGGAAGACGUGUCGACCGGCUUGCGCGGAGAACUAGAUAUCCCGCCUCUCCCUGAUGCGAUGCCGCCUUGGAUGACUGAGAACGACGCAUCUGAUUCGCAAGCAGAUGCCUGA